AUGACGCGCAAGUUCUUUGUUGGUGGCAACUGGAAGAUGAAUGGCGACAAAAAGUCGAUAGAUGGGAUUUGUGCUUUUCUCAAUCAAAGUGGAGGUGAGCAAAUUUGCAGUUGCAUCGUGACGAGCUCCAUUUUUCCUUUCAUUUAUCCAUAUUUUUUGUAUGGCGUCAGUAAUUUUAUUUGUAAUUGUAUCCUUAGGGCUAUUACUACUACAAUAUCUGCCAUCCAGCUUUCCAUGCAUAUGACCUUUAAACAGGUAGAGAUGUAA